CACAAGCAUUGAGAGUUCUGAAGGUGGAUUGAUUCGUUGCGGGGGGUUGGUCGAGGAAGAGAGGAAGACGCCCUGUGCAGCACAGCCAGCACCGGGGCAUCCCGGCAGCGAGAUGCCACAGGAGCGCACGCUGCGGCUGCAGCCUGGGAGCCGCAUCCACGCGCUGUGUGUGCUGGGCACCUGCAUCGCCACCGACGUCUACGGGGCAGCCCCAGUCGGGGCAGUCGCCUUUGGGGUGAAGCACACAGAGGGGGUGAAUGUGGAAGUGGCUUUUCAGGGCCGAGCCGAGCCAGGACUACUGCCUGGUGUGUCACAUUGGCCACUGAAUGAGGGGACGGUGCUGAGGUUCAGCAUAAGCCGGGCCAGCACUGAAGUCAAUGACAAUAAGGUAAUUGUCAUCUUCUAUGCAGAGGGAGGACAGCCCGUUGACCAAGCCAGGAUCUUCCUCACUGGCAUCGGGAUCUCCCUGGACGUCGAUGCAGAUCGAGAUGGCGUGGUGGAAAAAAACAACCCCAACAAGGCCAGCUGGAUGUGGGGACCUGAGGGACAUGGGGCCAUCCUGCUGGUCACCUGCGACAGGGACAGCCCCUUGAGCCCUGCCCCAGACUGUGAUGACGAAAGGGUAUUCAGCAAAGAAGAUUUGCUGGAUAUGUCUCGGAUGGUGCUGCGGAUCGAAGGGCCACAGCAUCUGCCCCGGGGGUAUGAAAUUGUGCUCUACGUUCACAUGUCUGAUGCUGACAAAGUCGGGGUCUUCCAUAUGCAGAACCCAUUCUUUGGGCAGCACUAUGUCCACGUGCUGGGCAGGAGGAAGCUGUGCCACGUUGUGCAGUACACCGGUGGAGCUGCCGAGCUUGAGUUCUUUGUUGAAGGGCUGCAGUUUCCUGAUGAGACUUUCCCAGGGCUGAUCUCCAUCCACGUCAGCCUCUUGGAGACCUUGGCUGAGGGAAUCCCCCUGUCGCCAAUUUUCACUGACACAGUGGUGUUCAGGGUAGCACCAUGGAUCAUGAUGCCCAACACACUGGCACCGGAGAACGUCUUUGUCUGCAGUGUGAAGGACAACUACCUCUACAUCAAGGAGAUCAAAAACCUUGUCAAUAAGGCUGGCUGUGACCUGAAGGUUUGCUUUGGCUAUAUCAACCGUGGGGACCGCUGGAUGCAGGAUGAGAUCGAGUUUGGCUACACCCAGGCCCCACACAAAAGCUUUGCAGUGGUGCUGGACUCCCCCCAGGACACAGGGCUGGAGCAAUUCCCCAUAAAGGAGCUGCUGGGACCUGAUUUCGGCUAUGUACGCAGAGAGCCUCUCUUCAAAGCCACCUCCAGCCUUGACUCCUUUGGCAACUUGGAGGUCAGCCCACCUGUCACUGCAGCAGGAAAAGAGUACCCGCUGGGAAGGAUCCUCAUUGGCAGCAGCUUCCCCACCCCUGCAGGAAGGAGGAUGACCAGAGUGGUACGGGAUUUCCUCUUCGCUCAGCAGGUGCAGGCUCCUGUGGAGCUCUUCUCUGACUGGUUGGCCAUGGGCCAUGUCAACGAGUUUGUCACUUUUGUGCCCAGCCCUGAUGCAAAGCGAUUUCGAAUGCUGAUGGCUAGCCCUGCAGCAUGCUACAAGCUCUUUCGGCAAAAGCAGAAGGAGGGCCAAGGAGAAGCUACCAUGUUCAAAGGGUAUUCAGGGACAGACACAAAACGGGUGACCAUUAACAAGGUCCUUUCCAAUGGCAUCAUGAUGCAGCAGAAUCAGUAUGUCCAGCGCUGCAUUGAUUGGAACAGGGACAUCCUCAAGAAAGAACUGGGCUUGACAGAGGAGGACAUCAUUGACCUACCAGCCCUCUUCAAGCUCGACAAGGGCAAGGCCAUGCCAUACUUUCCCAACAUGGUCCCCAUGCUCAUCCUGUCCGAGGAGCUGGGCAUCCCCAAGCCCUUCGGCCCGCUGGUGGGAGGCGAGUGCUGCUUGGAACACCACGUGCGCAGCCUCCUGGAGCCACUGGGCCUGAGGUGCCGCUUCCUGGAAGACAUUUCCUCCUACCACGGGCGGCUCGGAGAGGUGCACUGCGGCACCAAUGUCCACCGCCGCCCCUUUGCCUUCCGCUGGUGGCACGUCACGCCCUAGGCAGGCUGCCUUCGUGGCCCGCUUUGUCAGCAUGUGUUGUU